GGGGAUGCAGCGUUGACUUAAACCAGAAGACCUGACUGGUCUGGUAGGCUGAUCCAAUGAGAAUACGUCUUUAAUGCAUUUCGGUGCUGAGCCUUUCAGUGAUAAAAAAAAAGUCUGUUCUCUGAUUUUGCAGCAGUUUGUGAUAGCAGAGAAGUUGGACUCCACCUCCAGCUGUCAGUCAGGAUGCACUAACUGUUUAAAGAGAGGUGGAUGACAUGUGAUCCGGAUUUCCUCCUGUCAUAGGCUAAAAGACAAGAGGAGACACCUCUAACUUCAGACAGAGGAUUGCUUAUCUAGAUGUCUGCCAACAACAGCUGGCUUUUCACCGCGACCUGGUUUAUAACUGCCUGCGGAUCUUGCCUACAGGUCGUAGUCAUCGGGGAUGCAGCUUUGGUUCAGGUGUCACAGUCAGGAUGCAGUUCCCAGUUUGAGUUUUCCGAGGAGCUCAGCAGUCAUGUCCAAUUGAAGGCCAAUGUUUUAGAGUCGGUGACAGUGAGGCGUUUUGAAGCUAGCAGUGAGGCAAACAGAAAGCUAUGGCUGAAGAUCUUCGCAGCCGCCACCAUUAUCCGAUGGUGACAAAGACACGCUGGAAGAAACCCAGCAGUACCACAGAUUUAUUUGAAAUGAUUGAAAAGAUGCAGGGCAGCAGGAUGGAUGAGCAGAGAUGCACCUUUCCUCCAACUCUAAAGACUGAAGAAGAUUACAUUCCAUACCCAAGUGUCCAUGAGGUGUUGGGAAAGAAAAGCCCCUUUCCUCUCAUCCUGCUGCCACAGUUUGGCGGUUACUGGAUUGAGGGCACCAACCAUGAGCUGGGCAAAGCUGGGGACCUGGAGCACCACCGACCUCCGUCACCCAACAGCCGCACUAAACUGGAAUGCAACACUAUGGCUACACUCUACAGGAAACACUUUCUGGGCAAGGAGCACUUUAAUUACUAUUCACUGGACAGUUCCCUCGGGCAUCUGGUGUUCUCAAUAAAGUACGACGAGAUUGGUGACCAGGAACAUCUCCGCCUGAUGCUCAGAACCAAGCUGAAAACCCAUCAUGAUGUGAUCCCCAUAUCCUGUCUAACAGAGUUCCCCAACGUGGUUCAAAUGGCCAAGCUCGUCUGUGAGGAGGUCAACGUAGACCGCUUCUAUCCUGUCCUCUAUCCAAAAGCUUCAAGACUCAUCGUCACAUUUGAUGAACACGUGAUCAGCAACAAUUUUAAAUUUGGAGUCAUCUACCAAAAGUUUGGACAGACAUCAGAAGAGGAGCUGUUUGGCAACAGUGAAGAAAGUCCUGCCUUCGAAGAGUUCCUGGAGUUUCUGGGAGAAAAGAUUGAACUGCAUCAUUUCAAAGGUUUCCGCGGAGGGUUGGACGUGACUCACGGGCAGACGGGCACAGAAUCCGUGUACUGCAACUACCGCAACAAGGAGGUCAUGUUCCAUGUGUCCACAAAGCUGCCUUACACAGAGGGGGACACCCAACAGUUGCAGAGAAAAAGGCACAUAGGGAAUGACAUUGUGGCCAUUGUAUUCCAAGAGGAAAAUACCCCCUUUGUGCCAGAUAUGAUUGCGUCCAACUUUCUUCAUGCUUAUAUCGUGGUCCAGGUGGUCAACCCUUGCUCUGACAAUGUUGUCUACAAGGUUUCCGUAACAGCUCGGGACGAUGUUCCUUUCUUUGGCCCAGCCCUCCCAAACCCUGCCAUAUUUAAAAAAGGCCCUGAAUUUCACGAGUUUCUGUUUACAAAGCUAAUCAAUGCAGAAUAUGCAUGCUACAAAGCUGAAAAGUUCGCUAAGUUGGAGGAGCGAACUCGAUCAGCUUUGCUUGAAACCCUUUAUGAGGAACUCCACGUGAACAGCCAGGCCAUAAUGGGAAUUGGAGGAGAGGACGACAAGCUGGAAAAUGGCAACGCAGGAGGAGGGGGCUUCUUUGAGUCCUUUAAGCGGGUGAUUCGCGGUAGGAGCCAGUCAAUGGAUGCCAUGAGUCUAGCUUUCAAGAAGCCAUACCCAGUCUCCAAUAACCUGACAAGUCACAGCCCUGCAGAGAGCCCUAAAUACCCCGGGAUAUCAUUGCUUGUCCCAGGCAAAAGUCCCAGUAAAUAUGGACGCCGAGGCAGUGCCAUAGGGAUAGGAACAGUAGAAGAGUCGUUGAUCAUCCCAGGAAAAAGCCCGACGAGGAAAAAGUCAGGUCCUUUCAGCUCCAGGCGAAGCAGUGCCAUUGGGAUUGAAAACAUUCAAGAAGUCCAGGAGAGAAGCAGAGAUGCGUCUCCGAACACCCAGAAGACACCUGACAGCGGCCACGUUUCUCAAGACCCAAAGUCUGACAACUCAGAUCAGAGCUCUCCUGAGGUCCUCACAACCGCCAAGAACAGAUCAGAACUUACUGCGCCGGAGAGUGGUAACCCAGGGUGUAGCUCUUAUCUCUGUGGCAGGACCCCUUCCAUCCCUGAGGGCCAAGACCUCUCACGCUCCUCCUCCAAUGCCAGCAGCUUUGCCAGUGUGGUGGAGGACAAUGAGGCUGAGGCAGCAGACGACUAUGACACAGGCAUGGAGAGUAUGUCAUCAGCUGGGACACCUCACAAGCGAGACUCCCUCACCUACACCACCUGGUUGGAGGACAGCCUCAGUGGCACCAGCAGCAACAGCCGUGGCAGCUCUCCAGGGCUCGGUAAGACUGGGAAGCCCACGGAAAUUCGCAUCAAACUAGAUCGAUCACAUGACCAUCAAUCAUCAAACUGUUAGCCCUGCCCACCUGACUUUUUCCUGAAUCUCUUAUCUUCAGCAGUCCCAUAAGUCUCACUCCUUCUGAGAACCAUGCAUUUCACAUGACGAGUGAAGCGAAGGUGGGGGAUGCUGACGAAGAUGAGAACGGGAUAUCAGAUGGAGCCUGCAGUUGGCCGCUCAGGGAGGACACGCAUCCAGAGACCCAGAGGACACUAGAAAGGGUUACGCACAAUAAGGAGCCAGCCUUUUACAUUCUUCUUUCUUUACACUCUUUUCUUUGCCUGUUCCCAAAUCUGUUGCCUGACUGUGAUUUUUUUUUUUUUUUUUUUUUUUACCUGACCUUCGUUGUGGAAGUGCACAUUUGCUCUGCAACUAUAAAUGUUUUAUCUGUGAAAAAUGUCACUUAUGUUUAGUUGUCUUGUUGAAGUCACGGUAUGCUGGCUAUAAAAAUGACAGCUUGUGCUCUUAGCUGUCAUUGUGUGGAAAGAUGCAUCCUAAAGAUAAUGUCAUGAGCCACUUCAAAGGGCAUAUAUCAUAUUUACCAUUUCACCUUUUACCAUUAGGCCUUUUGGUUUACAUUAGCAGUAAUCAUUUCUAUUUCUGAAGUAAAGAGCAAUAUGUAAAAAUCUAUGAAGCAAAGAAAAACGGCCACGAAUGGAACCACACGUUUGCUAAAGAGAGAUACCGUAAAGUACAGAACCCUGACACGGUCAACAAAAACGCCAAUAGUGGCAGCAAGGUCUCCUGCUUGAUUAUAAGCUAAUAAGGUGCAGAUUUAUACACAAAUCUGUCCCACGGGAAGGAAGAAGUUUGGAGAAAUGCUGUCUGAAAGCAGCAUUGUGGAGAUGACUGCCAUGUAAUUCACCUCAAUGGUGAAACACCACUUGUGACAAAAAUCCCAAUUAAUAACCUAAAUGCUUGCAGCAUAUUAAGGUAUGUCUUGUAGUUUCUACAGCUACCUCUGCUGCUGUGCAUCCUCAUGCUUAAGCUUUAAGUUGUUGAACUAUCCUUAGUUUUAAAGCAUUUUGAACCUAGUGGCUUUUGGCGGGUGAAAUAUUUACUUACAGGAAUCUCACCCACUUUUCCUUCACGGAGGAUCUUUUGGGAAAAUAUGCUCACUUAAUUCUAUUCUGUGUUGCCAACAAGCGGCCACACAUCCAUUGGCCCCAGAAUGCUCCGCCCAGUGGCAGCCCACUGCUCCCUAGGGGGAUGGGUUGUAUUCAGAUGGACGAAUUUCAUUGGAAUGUAUGUUGCAAUGACAAAUAAUGAUAAUUAUUGUCCAUUCAACACAUUUCCUUUUUGGAAGGUCUUUGUUAAGGAAGCAAUCCCUUUUCCGUUUACAGCAAUAUACUGACACACUCUGCUGCUCUAGACGACAUGUUUCCAAAGGCACUUUAUGUCUCGGAAAAGCGCCUUAAAAUUAUUUAUCUGCUUUAAAAAUGUAUUGUUUAAUUUCUUAAGAUAUGGCAACUUUCAUCCUGUAAGCAAUGCUUUUUGGCUUCUGUUUUUUUUAAGACAAGAUAUAAAUUCAUUAAUUAUUAACAAAUUAGUUUUAUCAGAAAAGUUUUUGUCCUUAGGAUGGAAGGUGCUUUGUUUCAUCAUUUUGCGGGUAAAAUCCAAACAAAAGAACAGGAUCGCUGCUAUAAGACACUUCUUUUCAAGUGGCCAUUUUUCUCCAAGUUUUUUUUUUUUUUAACAAAGCUUAACAGCAUACAGGGAAGAAGAAUAUCGACUGAUAGCCUUAGAGCUUCAACAUGUUAUUUUCUAAACCAUUAUGUUGAGUACCUCAGUUUUUAUCUACCAUAUUUUUUUCCACCAAAAUGCAUUCAUCUUAUUAGAGAAAUUUUGAAUCAAACUUUAUUAGAGGAACUUCCAGAGCUGGAGCAUAGGAUUAUUGGUUGCAUUGCCUGUUGUGUCCAAUCACUCUCUGUGUGGUCAGUGAAUGUGCCGAUACAGUUAUCGUUUAUGUUAUUUUCUUACUUCUGUCUUUCUGUAACCUGUGUUUUUACUUGUUCCUUGGCUCCUGGUAAAGUGGAAGUCACACUAUACCGCUAUGGUAAUAACACUCAGCGUCUUCUCAUACAGCUUGUAUAUGUUGCUUUGGCAUUAUUGUAGUUGUUCCCUGUGACACCUGGCUUAUUUCAGGGGUCGGAUCUUGUUCAGUGCAGUAAGUUUGCAAUGCAAAUAUGAUCAAACCAUGUAUAUUUAUUUGCUUUAAAAGUGACUAAAUCCUAACUAAACUACUGGUUUUAUGUAUAUCUAUAGAAAUUUACCUGGAGUACAUAUAUGUAUGGCCAGUGGAUUUUAAAUCGGAAGGAGCAACACCACAAGGUUACUGCCAAGUUCAAAAUUGACUGUUUAAUUUCAUGUAUUCCUGAUUUCAGAUUUUAUUUUUGAGAGUUUUGUAGAUUUUUAAAAGGUUUUCAGACUGUAAAAGAGAAAAUGUGUCUGUACAUCCCAUUGAUCAUUUCAGUUGCCUUAUAUCACACAAUGAUGGUGUAAGUCAAGCCAGUAUAGCCAGUAGUUGAGUCAUCAGGAUUUCCUAUGUAAUGAAUGUUUUGUUUUUGCUUGUUUUUACUGUAAAUAAAUACCCUGAGAAGUUUAAA